AGAAUAUAAAGAAUGUUGUUAUAAAAUCAUGUUGUAAAUGGUGUCAUAUAUCAGUGAUGCAUUAGCUAUAUAUAUAUCUAGUUCCCAUUUUCUGAACUUUUCUGGUUGAAAGUGGUUUCAUCAUUAAGGAUCGUCUUCAAACAAAAAGAUUUUUUUCUACAAUUUUAAAAAUAUUUUGAAUGUCCAUCUAAUGAGCGUGAAUAGGGACAUAAUUGUCAUCAGAGUUUAAACGGACACUGCUGUAGAUUUAAGAAUGCGGAGAACAGCAAGCUUCACUAUCAACAAUGAUCCAGGGGAUGUGUGCGAUUCGGAGUUGGAUGCGUCGAGCGCUAGUCUGCGAGCGUUCUCUCACCACGGCCAAACAAAACGUCCGAACACCUGUCCCGACGAUAACACUCUCUUUGCAAAGUCAACUCAGAAACCGCAUCUGUCGCCCAACUCCAAGAGAAAGAGUUAUUCCCCUUCCCUGCUCCGGCGUAGUUUCUUUAACAGACAAUCUAAGACGGAUUUAACAAGUGUAGAAGAUAAGUGCUCGGGAUGUGGAUUUCCGGUGAUGGACGAUCGGAGAGUUUCCGUGAAACGGGAUGUAGAUAAACGAGACGUGUACCACAGCGCAUGCUUCAAGUGUGCACGAUGUGACACCUCCCUUAAUCUGCGGAGCUACAGAAAACAAACCAUGGAUGGGCAGUUGUACUGCGAGUCCCAUGUUCCGCAGACGAAAUCCUCACCGCCAAUCAGCCCAGAUGCUGACGAAAAGUCAACACAGGCAUUAUUCGAUAUGCUGGUACGGACGCAGGAGCGGGGCCGAAUUGACGACCAACGAUGCAACAUGCCAACCUUUAAAAAGGGUCCAGAUUUUUUCGAGUUGCUACUAAAAUACCAAAGUCGUCGCUAUGAGGACCAGCGAUGUGCCAUGCCUUCUACACCUAAGAUUUCUCCGAGUGUCACACCCUCAGAGCUGAAAAAAGUGUUUGAAACAGUUGAGGAGGUGUUAAAAAGGCCAGGCCCCUACCCCACGGUUCUUCCCCCUUCUAAUGGAGGAUACUGGAUAGAGGGCGGUGAUCAGAACUGUCAAUCAUGUGACAAAAGACGGAGCUACGAGAAUGGAAUAAAUAAUUGUGCUACCGAUUGUAGAAUAGAAUUUGAUGAAACGGCUCAUUGUUAUAGACAAUAUUUCCUUGGGAAGGAACACUUUAAUUACUACACAGAAGACGACAAUCUAGGCCCUAUGAUAUUAUCAAUGAAGGAGGAAUAUAUCUCUGACCAGGAGCAUGUUCGGGCUAUACUCAGAACACGGUGCUCAACUGAACAUAAACUGAUUCCUAUGGAACAACUAGACUCCAUACCCAACCCAAUCAAAGUAGCUAAGUAUGUAUGUGAAGAGAUCUCGGUAGAUAGAUUCCACCCGGUACUCACGACAAAAGGCUCGGAGAUGAUAGUCCAGUAUGACGAGCACCAUCUUACCAACGCUUACAAAUUCGGCAUCAUCUACCAAAAGUUUGGCCAGACUACGGAGGAGGCGUUGUUUGGGAAUGUGUCUCACAGCAAGGCAAUGGAAGAUUUUCUCAGUGUGAUAGGGGACCGAGUGCCAUUAAAAGACUUCAAAGGUUUUCGGGGAGGACUUGACACACACCACAGUCAGACUGGUGAGACAUCAGUUUACACUCGUUUACAGGACAAAGAGAUCAUGUUCCACGUGUCAACACUCCUACCGUUCACCGAGGCUGACCCUCAGCAGCUACAACGCAAACGUCACAUCGGCAAUGACAUUGUCGCCAUCAUCUUCCAGGAGGAAAACACACCAUUCGUGCCAAAUAUCAUUGCCUCGCAUUUCCUGCAUUCAUACAUUGUAAUACAACCUGUUAUAGACCCGGAGACAAAACACACACGAUACAAGGUAUGCGUUACAGCACGAGAAGAUGUGCCAGAGUUCGGCCCAAAGUUACCAAAGGAUGGCAUGUUUGAAAAGGGACCAAAGUUCAGAGACUUUCUGUUGACAAAACUUGUGAAUGCUGAAAUGGCGUGCUACAAGGGUGAAAAAUUUGCCAAGUUAGAGGAGCGUACAAGAGCUGCUCUACUCGAAUGCCUUCACCAAGAACUCCAGAGAAAGCACAUAGAAGUGUUUGGUAUGCUACCUGUCCUCAGCUGUAAAACUGAGAGUAAGACAUUCAUUGAGUCGUUCAAACGUGUGUUAAGUACGAAGGGGAGAAACCAGUCUGACACUGGCCUUCCGUUGUCUGGACGACGAAAUGGAACCUCCCUACCGACUGUCGGCGAGGAUGACAAACCUUCUAGUCCCAAAAAAUCACCUUCACCAAACAAGAAACUAAGUCGUCAGUUUUCAUCAAGUAUUGAACGGAAACACAAAGAAAAGUUCGUACAGAGAAUAGACAGCCAAAGUACGCAAUCCUCCUACAAAACAUGUAGUGCUCCCUCCAGUCCUCAAUCAAGUCCCAGCAGUACGGCAUCAGCACCAAGAAUCAGCUAUGGUGUGCAACUAUCGCCAUCAAACUCUGAAAGUUCGUUCAACAGUAUUGAUGAUUUUACGCCACAAACGUGCAACCCAGAGGACUCUGACACUGGCAUGGUAGGUCACCAGGGGGCGCCACCGACUACCCACAAUGCACUUGUCCGGGAGAGCAUGUCGUCUGCAGGGACCCCCAAUAACUACACAAAACCUUCCAUGUCUAACAGUUUCCAUGACGACGGGUGUGUGUUUAUCACAGAUUAUGAUCAAGGCUGUGAUACCACUCGACAACAGCUGGAAUUCCUGAAAUCAGAACUUCAAAAGUUAAAAAAUGAGAAGUUGGAAUUAAUUCGUCAAAACAAGACGGGCCAGAAGGAGAUUAGUGGACUAAAACAAGAGGUUGAUAGGCUAAGACUUUCCACUAUAGAAAUCAGUGCUGAAGCUACUGUGUGAAAUGAGUGAUGCUUUUACAGAUUUCUAUUUUUAUCUUUAGUACGGGUGAAACAGAAGAGGAUUUCCACGGUUAUCCGAACACUGCUUCUGUUUAUAUGUGAAUGUUUUGAACAAACAUCGGAGGUUAUCUAUUUCUAAGUGAAAAAGGAAUGUUUCAAUGAGAGAGAUAGUCUGAUUGGUGUUUACUUCAGAAGAACAAACUUCAAAAAUUUGGUGAAAAAAAAAGCUUUGCCUCACCUAAAUAUGUCAGCAAAGUGAAUUGAACAGUUGUCAGUGACGAGAGUAAAGCUCACUUAAUCUGGCGACUCUGCAACAGACGCUACCACAGGAAAACUUAACUGCAAAUGGGAACUCACAUUUUGACAGAGUUGUUUUUAUUAAGCAUCUUUUGGUUUGGUAACUGCAGACUUAUUUUUGGAGUCUUCUGAUUUGAUUUACGUAAUGUCCUCAGAAUGAUGUCAGGAAAAUGGCGGACAACUGGCAGAUCUGUUACCAUUGAACGGGGAAUGAUGUUCUCGCUCAACUGAGACAACUGGCGCUGUAAUACAAGAACUAUCGGUGUCUUUUAGGAUGAGAAAAUCCUACAGAUAUAAAAUUGGAAGUGAAAGUUGCAUAACGUUUUUAAGCAGAUUUUUCAUGAUCAUGCGAAUGGUUUUGGACCAAAGAGACUAUGUAAAAUGGCCAUUGUUUAUCUGGAUUCUAUAGAGAUAUUGUUGCUACAGAUAGAUUACUAUCAUCAUAUCAUCAUCAUCGAACAUCACCAUCAUCGAUAUCAUCAUCAUCAUCAUCAUGACAUCGUUACCAUCGCCGUUACUAUAUGCUUUCCUAGUGUCAGAGUCCAGGUAUAAAACUGCAGUUACGCGAGUUAAUAAAAUCGUCUAAAGGUCAUGUGAUAUAAUUUAUAAACACCUGCCCUUUGAUGGAUAUGGCCCCAGAUACGCUGCAUUCCCCCUGUGCGAUGUCUCAAAUGAAGUGCUAUAUAAAUAUAUCACUAUAAAUCACUACUACAUAUUUUUAACAGUGUGAGAUGUUGACUGUAUGAUAGACCGCACUUAAGGAAUGGCCUCACUCAGAUUGGUUGAAUGACCGUUGUUAUAGAAAUGAUAUUACUAAUAUAUAGAAGACUAUAAACCAGCUUAUAUUUUGUGGCUCUGAAUAUUGCCUUUUGAUAUAAUAACAUGAAGCUAUUUUGUAACGAUACAAAAUAUUAACUAUGUGUGCAAUUAUCACAUCAGAAAUUAACUGCAAAUGUAUUGCACAUAAAAACUGGUUGAGUUACCAACACUUCUUGUGAUAGAGAUUUAUAGUCUAACUACCCAGAGAUUUAAUGUUGUCCACAACUGGUCUUCAUUGUGAAGUUUAUUUGAAAGCAUUUAUAUAUUGUUCUUUUCAUGGCGAGAGAGAAAUUCAAGGGAGGUAAGCUGCCGAUAAAUUAGUAUAACACUUUAAGCACUGCUAUUAGUGCUUACCCAUAAGUGUUAAAACUGACCACAUGGAGUGUAUCAUUCUGAAAUGCUAUAUACACUAUGUUUGGUUUUCUUUUCUUUUCUUUCAAAGUAAAUUUUAUACUAUUAAUUUUGGGGUUUCAAAUGCAACGGUUUUCUGUAUGGUUGCUUUGAGUUUUGAGUUUUAAAAUAUAAUUGUUUUAAUUUACAGUUGAAUAUUCAAGGAUUGUUGAAGUUUUUCUUAAACAUUUUUUCAUAUUUAUUCAUGUAAAUUUGAAAUGGACAAUGAACAAAUACCAAAAUAAUCUAAAAUUUGUUCAAUGGCUUAAUCCUACUUUUGAAUAAUGAGUAAAAAUGUCAAAGAGGGAUGGGUACACUCUGCUUCAGUUGUCUGGUUUCAAAUUACAUGUACUUCUAUUUGAAGAGUUUUGCUCCAGAAAUGCAUUCCAAAUGACAAAAAAAUGGUAUCUUUAAUGAAAUGUUCAGGUUUAAAUCAGGGACAAUUCAAUUCUGUAUAUUAACUGCUUAAUGUUCAGAUAGAAAAAAAAAAUCUGAGACCAAUCCAAAUUAAGUAUUUGACACAUGAAAUUAAUUUAAGGUUUGUUCCAGAAUGCAAAAAUUGAAAUUUUGCCAAAGAAAAUGGAAACAGAUUUCUAAAUUGUGUAAUUUCAUUUUGAUACACAGUUUCUGAUUGUAUUUUCCCUGAAGAUCAUCUGAAGUGGAAAUUUAUGCAUCUGGACAUGACUUGACCAAUGAGUCUGGUUCCAUAUCUCUGUUAUACAAUGUACCUCUGUUACUCUGAUGUCCAAGUACUAUAGUAGCUAUGACACACUCCUAACUAACUAUGGUAACCAUGACAAUCCCAAGUUGAUAUGGUUGCAAAGACACACUCCCCUGUUGCUUUGGCUACAGUGACAUACUCUUCAGUUUCUAUGGUUACUGUGACAUCCGCCUCCGUUGCUAUGGUUACUGUGACAGAAGCCUUCUUUGGUUGCUAUGGUACUGUGACAUACACCUCCAUUGCUAUGGUUACUGUGGCAUACCUCUUCGUUGCUAUGGUUACUGUGACGUACAACUCCAUUGCUAUGGUUACUGUGACAUACACCUCCAUUGCUAUGGUUACUGUGGCAUACGUCUUGGUCGCUAUGGUUACUGUGACAUACAACUCCAUUGCUAUGGUAACUGUGGCAUACGUCUUGGUUGCUAUGGUUACUGUGAUGUAAAACUCCAUUGCUAUCGUUACUGUGACACACCUUGGUUGCUAUGGUGAAAUAAACUGUCCCUUGUGUGGCAUCAUUGGUGCUAUGAAAUAGAGAUUUAUCAUUUACAAGCAUGUGCAAUAUAUUUGUAUAAUGUGUGGAUGUUCCUUGAAUGGAAACUUGUUUCUGUAUCAUGUAUGUUAAUUAUAUUAUGGCAUUAUAAAUAUUGAUUAAUAUGCUCUGUUCAAAUGUCAAAAUAAAAACAAAUCUAGUCUUAUGGAAAAA